AUGCAGGCCAAAAAACGCUAUUUCAUCCUGCUCUCAGCUGGCUCUUGUCUCGCCCUUUUGUUUUAUUUCGGAGGCUUGCAGUUUAGGGCAUCGAGGAGCCACAGCCGGAGAGAGGAGCACAGCGGUCGGAAUGGCUUGCACCACCCCAGUCCGGAGCAUUUCUGGCCCCGCUUCCCGGACGCUCUGCGCCCCUUCUUUCCUUGGGAUCAAUUGGAAAACGAGGAUUCCAGCGUGCACAUUUCCCCCCGGCAGAAGCGAGACGCCAACUCGAGCAUCUACAAAGGCAAGAAGUGCCGCAUGGAGUCCUGCUUCGAUUUCACCCUUUGCAAGAAAAACGGCUUCAAAGUCUACGUAUACCCGCAACAAAAAGGGGAGAAAAUCGCCGAAAGUUACCAAAACAUUCUAGCGGCCAUCGAGGGCUCCAGGUUCUACACUUCGGACCCCAGCCAGGCGUGCCUCUUUGUCCUGAGUCUGGAUACUUUAGACAGAGACCAGUUGUCACCUCAGUAUGUGCACAAUUUGAGAUCCAAAGUGCAGAGUCUCCACUUGUGGAACAAUGGUAGGAAUCACUUAAUUUUUAAUUUAUAUUCCGGCACUUGGCCUGACUACACCGAGGACGUGGGGUUUGACAUUGGCCAGGCAAUGCUGGCCAAAGCCAGCAUCAGUACUGAAAACUUCCGACCCAACUUUGAUGUUUCUAUUCCCCUCUUUUCUAAGGAUCAUCCCAGGACAGGAGGGGAGAGGGGGUUUUUGAAGUUUAACACCAUCCCUCCUCUCAGGAAGUACAUGCUGGUAUUCAAGGGGAAGAGGUACCUGACAGGGAUCGGGUCAGACACCAGGAAUGCCUUAUAUCACGUCCAUAACGGGGAGGACGUUGUGCUCCUCACCACCUGCAAGCAUGGCAAAGACUGGCAAAAGCACAAGGAUUCUCGCUGUGACAGAGACAACACCGAGUAUGAGAAGUAUGAUUAUCGGGAAAUGCUGCACAAUGCCACUUUCUGUCUGGUUCCUCGUGGUCGCAGGCUUGGGUCCUUCAGAUUCCUGGAGGCUUUGCAGGCUGCCUGCGUCCCUGUGAUGCUCAGCAAUGGAUGGGAGUUGCCAUUCUCUGAAGUGAUUAAUUGGAACCAAGCUGCCGUCAUAGGCGAUGAGAGAUUAUUAUUACAGAUUCCUUCUACAAUCAGGUCUAUUCAUCAGGAUAAAAUCCUAGCACUUAGACAGCAGACACAAUUCUUGUGGGAGGCUUAUUUUUCUUCAGUUGAGAAGAUUGUAUUAACUACACUAGAGAUUAUUCAGGACAGAAUAUUCAAGCACAUAUCACGUAACAGUUUAAUAUGGAACAAACAUCCUGGAGGAUUGUUCGUACUACCACAGUAUUCAUCUUAUCUGGGAGAUUUUCCUUACUACUAUGCUAAUUUAGGUUUAAAGCCCCCCUCCAAAUUCACUGCAGUCAUCCAUGCAGUGACCCCCCUGGUCUCUCAGUCCCAGCCAGUGUUGAAGCUUCUCGUGGCGGCAGCCAAGUCCCAGUACUGUGCCCAGAUCAUAGUUCUAUGGAAUUGUGACAAGCCCCUACCAGCCAAACACCGCUGGCCCGCCACUGCUGUGCCUGUCAUCGUCAUUGAAGGAGAAAGCAAGGUCAUGAGCAGCCGUUUCCUGCCCUAUGACAACAUCAUCACAGACGCGGUGCUCAGCCUUGACGAGGACACUGUGCUUUCCACCACGGAGGUGGAUUUUGCCUUCACCGUGUGGCAGAGCUUCCCCGAGAGGAUCGUGGGGUACCCUGCGCGCAGCCACUUCUGGGAUAACUCUAAGGAGCGGUGGGGGUACACAUCCAAGUGGACGAAUGACUACUCCAUGGUGUUGACAGGAGCUGCUAUUUACCACAAAUAUUAUCACUACCUGUACUCCCAUUACCUGCCAGCCAGCCUGAAGAACAUGGUGGACCAAUUGGCCAAUUGUGAGGACAUUCUCAUGAAUUUUCUGGUGUCUGCAGUGACAAAAUUGCCUCCAAUCAAAGUGACCCAGAAGAAGCAGUAUAAGGAGACAAUGAUGGGACAGACUUCUCGGGCUUCCCGCUGGGCUGACCCUGACCACUUUGCCCAGCGACAGAGCUGCAUGAAUACGUUUGCCAGCUGGUUUGGCUACAUGCCGCUGAUCCACUCUCAGAUGAGGCUCGACCCCGUCCUCUUUAAAGACCAGGUCUCUAUUCUGAGGAAGAAAUACCGAGACAUUGAGCGACUUUGAGGAAUCCGGCCGCGUGGGGGAGGGGAAGCAAGAAAGGACUGGGGUCCAGCUGCUCUCUCUUCCCAGUGCAGAUCCACUCAUCAGCAGAGCCAGACCGUGCCAAGUAUCCAAAUAAACUUACAUAAACAGAAUGACAAAAAACAAACAGGCCAAUGAGAGCUCGACUCCUGGCUCCGGGGACUGCACCGGACUGCUCCAAACUCACCUCACUGGCUUCUGUGUCCCAAGACUAGGUUGUGUACAGUUUAAUUAUGGAACAUUAAAUAAUUAUUUUUGAAAUGAUUGCUAUGCAGGUUUAAACUUUUUUAAUGAUCAAAACUAUUAAAAACCAGAGUUCUUUCUUUAAUCAAAA